CCCUUUAAAUACAGAGAGACCCAUUUCGAAUUCUAAGCUCUAACUUGUUUUGAAUUCAUUCACACCCUUUUGCCUCAUCUCCUUCUUCUGCUAUUUGCAAUUCACCACAGUGAACAAAGCCAUGGGAACUCAAGCUCCAACCGACCAAGACUCAUAUGCCCGUUCUGAAAUUGAUGAGAAAUUAGCAAAGGAGAAGGCUAUUGAUGAUUGGCUUCCAAUUACUUCUUCAAGGAAUGCAAAAUGGUGGUAUUCAGCUUUCCACAAUGUCACUGCCAUGGUUGGAGCUGGUGUCCUCAGUCUCCCUUAUGCUAUGUCAGAGCUUGGAUGGGGUCCUGGUGUGGCAAUACUAGUUCUAUCCUGGAUCAUUACUUUGUACACUCUAUGGCAAAUGGUUGAGAUGCACGAAAUGGUACCAGGAAAACGGUUUGAUAGAUACCAUGAACUGGGUCAGCAUGCCUUUGGUGAAAAGCUUGGUCUUUAUAUUGUGGUGCCUCAACAGCUCAUUGUUGAAGUUGGUGUGAACAUAGUCUAUAUGGUCACUGGUGGGACAUCAUUGAAGAAGGUCCAUGACACCGUCUGUGCUGAACCUAGUGAUCACUGUAAAAGUAUCAAAUUAACAUACUUCAUUAUGAUCUUUGCCUCUGUUCACUUUGUGCUCUCCCACCUUCCCAACCUCAACGCUAUCUCCGGUAUCUCUUUGGCUGCUGCAGUCAUGUCCUUAAGCUACUCUACCAUUGCCUGGUCAGCUUCUCUUAACAAAGGUGUUCAGCAAGAUGUGCAAUACGGCUACAAAGCCAAGUCUACUGCCGGAACAGUGUUCAACUUCUUCAGUGCCUUGGGUGAUGUGGCUUUUGCCUAUGCUGGUCACAAUGUGGUAUUGGAGAUCCAAGCCACAAUCCCAUCUACACCAGAAAAGCCAUCAAAGGGGCCAAUGUGGAGGGGAGUUGUCGUUGCCUAUAUAGUUGUGGCUUUGUGUUACUUUCCUGUUGCCCUGAUUGGAUAUUGGAUGUUUGGAAAUGCUGUUGAAGAUAAUAUUCUCAUCUCAUUAAAUAAGCCUAAAUGGCUUAUUAUAACGGCUAACAUGUUUGUUGUCAUCCAUGUUAUUGGAAGCUAUCAGAUUUAUGCAAUGCCAGUGUUUGACAUGAUAGAAACUGUAUUGGUAAAGAAAUUGCAUUUCCGGCCUACAAGUACUCUGCGUUUCAUUACACGUAAUGUAUACGUGGCAUUUACCAUGUUCAUUGGCAUUACCUUCCCUUUCUUCGGCGGACUUCUUGGAUUUUUUGGUGGAUUUGCUUUUGCCCCAACUACAUAUUUCCUCCCUUGUGUCAUGUGGCUUGCCAUCUACAAACCAAGGAGAUUCGGUUUAUCUUGGUGGACUAACUGGAUCUGCAUCGCAUUUGGCCUUUGCUUAAUGAUUUUAUCCCCAAUUGGAGGAUUGAGGACUAUCGUAAUUAAAGCCAAGACCUAUGAAUUUUACUCGUAAAUCAUCCUCCCAAGCCAAAAAGAGGUACUGGGUUAAUGCAAAUGCAAUCCUUUUAGAUAAAGGGAAGCCAAUGAUGCUGAUGAUGCUAUUGAUGUUAAUAGUGGAUGAGACUAUCUGUAAUCAAUUGGACACAUAUAUGUUGUCUUCGGAAUGUUGGAGUAUUGAGACAUUGCUGUGUCUGUGGAGAAAGGAAUUCUGGCUACAAAAGCAACUAAGGGGGGAUUUUGAAUCUUCAAUAGGCCUUUUUAAUGUAUUAUAGGUUAUUUUACUUUGUAUGCAUACACGUGUCAUUGGGCUUAUUUUUGCUUUUGUGAAGUGGGUAUAGGUGUAACAUUUAUUCACCAAAUACACUUCUGGAUUUUUAGUAUAGCUCAUGGUCAUAAACCAAUGGUACUUGUUAGUUCA